UGUCAGACGCCUGAUCACAUCAUCAGCCAAUCCGGCUGCCUGCAUACAGCCGCUGCAACCUCCUCGCUUGGAUCCGGAUCGACUCCCGCUAACUCGGUCGUCAACGCCCCGGCCGGAAUGAGUGAACAGAAGGCCUGUUUCGAGGUGGUUACUAUCGCAAUGCACAGUGUUCGCCAGUGCAAGUGUCAUCGGCGUAAGGUCGAGGUGAAGCGACAGUGUUGCGUGCCUCCGCCACGGUCUAGGCUGCACUGUCAGACGGAGCGAGGACGAAAGAUCCGCGUGCUGACUCGAUAUACGCUGGUUCAAGGCAGAGUAAGAUCUCUUCAAUUGGUCUUGGCGACGGACACGCUUGAUGGAACCUGUAGGGAAUAUAGUCUUAUCGUGUUCGACAAAAAAUUGGAGACGCAGACUCAAAUGACCACAAAGCAGAUAAUCUGUCCCGUCAAAAAGGUGCACGAGGUCUGCGACCGAAAAAGUGGACUGUGGCAACAGACUCUGGUACAUUAUAUCCGCAAGGGCUGUCAAUGCCAGAGUGUUCGCAGCGUGAAGCGAGGGAAAUGUGGUAAGAUUUGCCCUACAUACACAUAUUCUCUACCUUUUCGAGGAAAACUCUACAUUAGACACUGA